ACACACAUACACUCCUCCUCUGCUAUACACAGCAUAUAUAUCAACAAACAGCUGCACAGCACCUUCCCCUCUGUUAUAUGCAGACACAGCACAUAUAUAGAACAUCUACUGUCAAGUGCUGUAUUCUGAGCCCCCUCCCAUUACUAAAUACAGACACACAACACACUCCCUCUCUCAGUCCAUACACAGCUGCUCCUGCUAUAUCCCCAUAUACACAGCUCCCUCCCACUAUACACAGCUAGAACCAACCUAGCUCCCUCCCACUAUACACUCAGACCAGUCCAUUCCUCACUCACACACCGUUCAGCUACAGAUGGAGUCGGGGGAAGUGCGAUAUUGCUCCAGGUUCCCAUACCUGUGCUUGAAGUUCACCCUUAUUGUCUACUGCAUGGUAUUUUGGAAAUAAAGAGCUACAGCCAAUCGGAUGUGUAGCUCCAGCAAACUCCAACACUUGAGCAGAGACUGAGAAAAUGCAAUGUGAGUGUGCACUUAUUUCUCACUCACACUCACUCCUUCUGAUUGGCUGUAGUGCCCUGCUUCUAUAACAGAAGAGACAGUGAGUGGUGCAUGAGUGGGGAGGAAGAUGAAACGGAUUAAAGGAUCUUUGAGUAUAUCAACUUUUGUAUUUAGUUUUUUUUUUUUCUUGCAGAAUUUAUCAGUUGAUAGGGUCGUUUGUCAUGGCAAUAGGAAUCUAUGCUGAAGCAGAAAGACAAAAGUACAAGACCCUACAUGGGGCCUUCCUGGCCCCAGCUAUCAUCCUCAUUCUCCUUGGGGUGGUUAUGUUCGUGGUAUCCUUCAUCGGGGUCCUGGCAUCCCUCAGGGACAAUCUGUGCCUGCUUAAAGUGUUCAUGUACACACUUGGGGUCUGUCUUCUACUUGAACUCACUGGUGGAGUCCUUGCAUUGAUCUUCAGACACCAGACCAUGGAGUUCCUGAACAGCAACAUCCGUAGGGGAAUCCGGAAUUACUAUGAUGAUCUUGACUUCAAAAACAUCAUGGAUUUUGUGCAGAAACGGUUUAAGUGUUGUGGGGGAGAGAGUUAUAUGGACUGGGAGAAGAACCAAUAUCAUGAAUGCUCUGCACCAGGACCUCUUGCUUGUGGAGUCCCCUAUACCUGCUGCAGUACCAACAAGACGAUCAUCAUGAACACCCUCUGCGGAUAUAAAGCUAUGGAACUGGAUCGUUUAGCUGCCCAGAAGUUUAUCUAUGUGAGGGGCUGCACAGAUGCAGUGAUUAUCUGGUUUCUGGACAAUUACACCAUCAUGGCUGGCUUAAUGCUGGGGAUCCUACUGCCACAGUUUCUUGGAGUAUUGCUUUCACUCCUCUACAUCACCAGAGUUGAGGAUAUCAUCAGCGAGUGGAACAGCACAGAUGUCCUCUUGGAAGGCACUUCAUCUAAGCCAGAGUUAGAGUUUUCUACUUUGGGCUGCUGUCGCUGUUACCCUGGUGAAGAAUCCUCUGCUUAAAACUGAACAACACUACUCACCUCCUUUUACUGUACUAAAAAUCACUGAAGAACUAACUCUGGAGUUUCUCUGGAACACUACAAACAUUGCUUUAUUAGCAGCCUUAUCCAGACAGGUCAUGGUUAGGCUUGUGAAUGCCCGUAUCAUAUGAACAUUUCCUGGCAUGUGUCAAAAAGAGGCAUGCGACAAUCCCCAGAUUCACUUGUGCCUGAAUUUUGUGUUAUUGUAGAUCUACUUGGGGCUAAUAUUUCCCCUUUUGGUGCUGAGGUGUUAAAGUGACAGUGGACACUACUACAGAUAUUUUUUUUUUUUUUUUUUUUAAUUUUUACUGCACUCUAAACACAUUAUCUCAGUAGUUCAGGUGUGAAAAUUGGAGGAUGUGUGAAUUUUAUUACAGGGAGAAAUGUUAGCUUUUGUGUGUGUUGCGGACAAAAUACUUGGGUCCUUAAUAGUUAACUCCAGAUGAUUGGUAGAUCAAUAUUAAUCAUAAAAUGAUGUUAAUUAACUAUCCAUUACAGACAAAAGAUGCAAAGUCUUCCACUUUGAUAAACACACAUUUUUGCAAUGAUCCAAGAAGGACUCCUACUUGAAUAUGGCCUCUACUACCUUCUCUAGGCUUGUGAUGAAUCAAGAGGGGCUUGACUUGUAGGCAAGCAUAAGUAAUAAGAUACCAAACCUGAAUUAUAACAAAAUUGAACACUCAUGUACUGAGUGCAUGGGGGGGAAAAGAAGUGAUAGGCAGAAAACCUGACUUUUCAAUGGACCUAUGCGCAUUUUGCCUUGGUCAUGCACUUUGUGUCUGUACACUAUGGCUGUUGUUCGUUUCUCUAAUGUGUGAACAAAGUUUACAUAGAGCUCUAAUUGUGAGUGCCAGUACCUCUUUAAGAGAUAUAAUCACCUUACUGUAUUAAUUGCUAUUUAAUCAGGUUUAAUGAUUCAUUAAUAUUUUUAGUAGCAUCUCUCUGUUUGGAUAUUCCUCAUUUUACCUUAAAUGGUUUCUAACUCUAUCCAUUCUGUAGUUAUCAUGAGCCUUUACAACCUUAAAAAAUUAAAUUUUAAUAUCUCUGGGAAUCUUCUAUAACUUGACACCCCCAUUUAAGUAUUCUGUUUUUACCUAUUUGGGGGGGGGGGGGUAAAUAGUAUUACUACUCUCAUCCAUAAAGGCAAAUAUGGAUUUCCCAAUAGAAAGCAACAACUGGAAGUUGAGGUUCUUUUAAAAGACAAAAUGUUGCAUACUUUUUGUGUGGGUGACAUGGCAACUGUUAUGCACUGUGUGAAAUAUGAACAUUUUGGUGUCCAUCUUAUGUGAGGUGAAGGACAACCAAACUGGUUAUUAAUUUAUUAUUUUUAAUGAUUGUUGUGAAAUACCUAUAUAAGCCAGUCUGCGGUGCUCUAAAACAGAGGUAGACUAUGUUUAUGAAAUGUUGGAGCUACUCAAAAAACUAAGUUUUCAACGAAAAUUCUUUUUAGGACCCAGGGCAGGAAAUUCUAUGAGGAUAUGUGCCCUAAAACAGUAAAUCUAAGUUUAAUGGGACAGUGGACAUUCCUAAAAAAAGUUAUACAGAAAUAAAAUCUUUAGUGAACAUAAUCUACAAUACCACCUUAAAGGGACAUGAAAGCCAAAAAAGUUUCUUACAUGAUUCAGACAGAGAAUACAAUUUUUUUUUUUCCAAUUUACUUCUAUGAUCAAAUUUGUUUCGUUCCCAUGCUAUUCUUUUUUGAAGAGAUAUAUCUAGUUAGGUAGCCUUCACAUGUCUGGGGCACUACAUGACAGGAAAUAGAGCUGCCGUCUAGUGCUCUUGUAUAACCUUGUUGCAAAGCUGUUGCCAUCUAGUACUGCAGACACGUGCACACUCCUGAACUUUCCUACCUGCUUUUCAACAAAGGAUAACUAGAAAACAGAACAUUUCACAAUAGAAGUAAAUUAGAAAGUUGUUAAAAUUGUAUGUUCUAUCUGAAUCAUGAAAGAAAACAAAUGUGGGCUUUAUGUCCUUUUUAAGUAGUGUUUAAAUCUGCAGUUUUAAACAUAAACCAAUGGUGCACUCAGCCUCUCCUUUUGCAGCUGCCAUUUAUUUAUUUUUAACUAAAAUGACUGGCGAGUGGUUCUGCCUAACAGAAGGCAAUUGCUGCCUCCAAAAAUGUUUUCCCUCCUAUAUAGUGGCAGCUCAGUCUCUCUGAGUAUGCUGCUUUAUCCUGAUUGGUUGCCUUGUGAUUGGGCAGCUGGGGGCAGCUUUUUGUGCUGAUCAUUCAUGACAGGCAACUGGAAUUUAAAUCUUAUGAGCAGAAAUAAUGACAUUUUGCCCAGAGAGAAACUUGUGGGUUGGUUUCAAUGUAGCAGCUAUAGGGACAACGAAGAUAAAAUAAAACUCUCAUGAUUUAAAAUGCACAAAAAAAUUUUUUUAAAAAAAAUCCACCUCCUUUCUCUAUGUAUCCUUUGUUGAAACGUAGUACGUCUUGCGCACUAUAUAACAUAGUUGCAAAAUCUGCUGCCAUAUAAUGCUAAAUACAUAUCUCAGUAUACUCUCAGGAAAGGACCAAGGAUCCCAAGAGAAGGUGGUUAAUGUGUUUUUUUUUAAUUCCACAUUCUAUCUGAAUCAUGAAAGUUCAAUACUGUUUUCCCUCUCCCCUUUGCUUCCUAUCUUUAAAGGGAUAUUAACCCCUUCCCGCCCUUAGGAUGUUCUAUGCCCAUUCUAACCGAGCUGGGCUUUAACGCACUUAGGACGGUAUAGAACGUCCUAGCCUUUUGGCUAUACUAAAGCCAAAGGCACUUCCCGAAUGGGAUCAUGGGCUGGAGGGCAUGCCUAGCAUCAUAGGCACCCCCCCCCCCCCCGACACGAUCCCAUCAUUGAAAUCAUGCAAUUGCAUGAACGAUCGCGUGAUUUCACUUUUUAACUUAUUUGUUUACAUCAGAACUUUGUUCCAAUGUGGACAUAUAAGUCCGGCCGUUUAAGGGGUUAAAUAAUAUUGAGGAUAUUCCCUGCCUCGCUCUAGUCAUGGGUUGAAAUCGAGCCCUCACUAUAUUUCAGGGCUGACCUGUUUGCACAGUGUAACAACGGUUCCAUAAUGUCAGCACGCAUGAUCAGAGGGAGGUGCAUGAAAUGUAAGUUAGCGUCCCUUUAAAUACUUUGUGGAGACAUUUCUUUUUUUUCCAACUUUUAAAUAUUGAUUAGAGCAUUUUUUUAACAAACCCUGAGCAGGAAUAAAAUGAGAUGAAAGAUAAAACUAGUUUUAGGGACGGCUGUGGCCUUAGUACUAUAGAGCUUUAUAUUACCUACCUACCUACAAGAACAAAACACUAACUGUGCCGCAUUCUACAAAAAAUAUUUUCUUAAUUUAGCCUGAAACAAGAUACUUAUCUUUAGAUAAUACUAUUUGAGCAAUAUAGAGAAGUAACAUUAUAUGGGUAAUUUAUACUCCGCAUACCAAUUACAGGCAAAUGUACAGUUUUGGACAAAGCUGCCCUGUAAGUCUCUAGCAAGAAUACGCUUUGUUAUUGACCCGCAACGCGUUUCGCUCACCCUAAAUAAAGUAAACCUAUUUUGUUUUGUAAACCCGAAUGCUUUAAUUGUAUCAGGGAUAUUUUGUGUAUAUUUGGUGCUUUUUGUUGUAUGUGUUUUUUAUAAUAAAUUUAAUGUCUAACUAA